AUGCAGUUCGCCGCCGUCUUCCUCUUCCUGCUCAGCAUCUCCGCAGCCGCAGCUGAAGACGCCUGUCCUCCGAGCGAGGUGGUCAAGUUCGCUGAGCUCUACGCUAACCCACACCUGCAUUCAUGCCAGAAGGUCUCGGCCGGCUUUGGCCUGGUCCCGCCGAUGGGCUACCCGACGGAGCCGCAAGUCAAGGCCAUGUGCGCUGCUGAGGCUUGCCGUGCGCUGGUUAAAGACGUCCUCGCUCUCGAGCCUGCCGACUGCUACCUGUCUCUCUCCGGAGCCAAGUUGAACGCGCACAAGAUGGCGUGUAGCUUCCGGGAUGCUUGCGAAGAUGACAAGCACCGUCCGAAGCCAACUGAGCACGACGACAAGCGCUACUACCCGACUCCGAAGCCAACGGAAGAGAAGCAUUACAAGACGCCCAAGCCAAUUGAGGAGAAGUACCACCCGACGCCCAAGCCCACGGAGGACAAGCACUACUCGACUUCGAAGCCCACCGAGGACAAGCACCACCCGACCCCGAAGCCGACGAAGAACGACAAGUACCACGACAAACUGGAAGAACCGAAGAUCGUCAAGGUCGACCACGUGGGCAACGUCAGCUCGACGACCGAGUCGAUCGGAAAGGAGGCUGAUAAGGAUUCGCACAAGCUCAAGCCUCCGAUGAACGGUACGGCUCUCGAGUUCUUCCCAAUGCCCAACACGACUUACAAGGCGACUCCUGAGCCAAAGGCGGCGUAGGCGAUUGCCUCCAGACCCCAAACGACCAAUCCAUCCUCUUCCAGAACAAGAAGCUCUACAAGUUCGGCCACCACGAGCAUUUCAAGUAGCAACAUAGCUAGAUCCCCAUUACCACUUUGCCACCCCAAUACGUCGUUGCUGCAUCAGGGCAACAAGUACAGAACGCAAGUCGCCCACAGUCACGCCCGCGCAUGCGCCGUCUCCCUUUUGUUGUUGUUGGCUGGUGGAUGAAAUGGUGGUGCGGAGAGCCCGAAGUACGUGAAGCAUAUCCACGUGCGUUGGCUUGAGCAUCAGCAACACCUUCAGCUCCUCGGCAUCACGAUGCUUAAUACAAUACUCCAACAACAGGAAAUACACAGCAGUUGAAGCGGUCGCACGGGCUCGUGCCUCCUCUUCUCGCUCAUCUUCUCCUGGACUUUGCUCGUUCAGCGGGCUCUUCAGC